AUGGCAUUAGAAGCACGAAAAAGGCCUUUACCAGAAUUCAGGGUAAAAAGUUACAUGUUUCAGCUUUUCAAGUCUCUGGAUUAUAUUCACAGCAAUGGAAUCUUUCAUAGAGAUAUCAAGCCCGAAAAUAUUUUAAUUAGGGACAACCUUCUCAAGUUGGCCGACUUCGGUAGCUGUCGCUCUAUGUACACUUCUCCUCCGUACACAGAGUAUAUAGCUACAAGGUGGUACCGCCCACCUGAAUGUCUGCUGACCAACGGCUACUACACUUACAAAAUGGACAUCUGGGCAGCAGGAUGCGUGUUUUUUGAAGCAUUAACGAAUCAACCUUUAUUUCCUGGAAGUAGUGAAAUGGACCAAAUAGCCAAAAUACAUUACGUGAUUGGAACUCCUCGACCUUGUGUUUUGGCUAAAUUAAGAAAACG